UAGCGUGUGCCGUCGUCAGGCGGUGUGUGUUGUCCCGCGGUGUUGUCGUCCGGUCGCUUUUCGCUGUCCGGUCACUGUCGUCGUCGUCGUCGUCGUCGUUACUGUUGGGCAUGGCUUUGCCGUACGAGGUGCCUCGCGAGUCCCGGGGGCCCGCGCUGGCCGCGGCCGGCGUCCGGCCGCGCGUCGACCCCGAAGCGCUAGGCGAGGUGGACCCGGAACAGUACCCGCAGCCGAAGGACUCGACGAACCGGAUACGCGGCAAGUCGGAUAUCAUCGAACUGAUAUUCGGCUCGGUGGACCAGGAGCUGUUGACCGUCAAGACGUUUUACUUCUUCUUCUACUCCGCGUUCGGUUCACUGUUUCCGCUCAUGGGCGUCUAUUUCAAGCAGAUGGGCAUGAACCCUAGCCAAUGCGGUCUGCUCAUCGGGUCCCGGCCGUUCGUCGAGUUCCUGGCCGCGCCGUUUUGGGGUGGUCUGGCCGACAGGUGGCGCAAGGGUAAAAUGUUAUUGUUGGCUUCCCUCUCGUGUUGGAUAAUUUUCACGUUACCGUUGGGUUUCAUACAGCCACCGGCCACGAGAUGUAUUGUGAAAAAAAACGCGUCCACGUACAUGCUGGAAACACCAAUGGCGCCGAAAGUCUACAAACGGGACGUGUCUUCAGUGACGGAUUUCAUUAAAUACGAUCAAGACAUUAACGACUUCGAAGUGCCGGACUUAUCAACGCCCGUGAUACGACGGACCCGCGGUGUGCGUCCGAGGUUUACGGCCGGUCGGUCCCCGUUAGACGUCAAGUUCGCCUCAAACUACAACGAGAAACAGCAUUACAACCUGGUCAUGCCGAUUUACAGUCACAUCGUGUACACGAUUGAAGACAUCGAAAAAGUAUUUUUUCUCCUGUUGCUUUUGGUCAUGAUAGGAGAAUUCUUCAGUGCACCCGCUAUUACGUUGGCUGACUCGGCGGUCAUUACGCUGCUAGGUACGGAUGCCGACAAAUACGGUCAUCAGAGAAUGUUUGGUUCAUUGGGAUGGGGUCUGGCCAUGUUCUUCGUGGGCAUAGCGCUGGACCAUUCGACCGCCUUCCCGGAUCAUCCUUGCAACGGACCGCAGGACAGGGAAAAAAAUUACACGAUUUGUUUCGCCACGUUCUCCGUGCUUAUGGGCGCCGCUUUGAUCACUGCCACACAGAUGAACUUCCGGUACGAAGAAACGGCCGAAGACGAACAGACGGAGAUGAUGAUGGAGAAAGGAUCGGCGGUGCCCUCUAGGGACGAUUAUCUCCAGCAAGAGUUGGCCCAACAGUUGAACCUUCCAUCUUUGGCACCCAACGCGGCGGGCUUACCGCCCAGACCCCCAGAAAUUACGGGAGGGGCAGAGGCAAACUUAAAGACUAAGAUUUUCGCUCAAACUACAAAGAAAAUUCCUGAAUGGAUUACGGUCUUGAAAUAUUUUGCCAAUUUGAAGUGCGGAUCAUUUUUGUUCGUUUCGUGGUUCAUGGGAUUUGGUAUCGGACUGAUAUUUACGUUCUUAUUUUGGCACUUGCAAGAUUAUGGAGGAUCACCUACGCUUUUCGGUGUUGCUUCGGUUAUUAAUCACAUCUCGGAGAUAUUCGCCUACUUCUUCAGCUUCAAACUCAUCCGUCAAAUGGGACACGUAAAAGUAUUGUGUCUGGGACUCGUUGGUAACAUUUUGCGUUUCUUGUACAUCUCUUGGUUGAAAAACCCGUGGUGGGUUUUACCGUUCGAGUUCAUGCAAGGCAUAACCCACGCAGCCGUCUGGGCGGCUUGUUGUUCGUAUAUAGCUCAUAAUACACCGCAACAGUUACGAAGUUCUGCACAAGGAGUGUUGCAAGGUAUUCACCAUGGAUUAGGCAGAGGAUGCGGUGCUGUCAUCGGUGGAUGGUUUGUCACGUACUUUGGCACUACAACAACAUUCAGAGGAUAUGGAUUUGUUUGCGCACUUGUUUUGGGAGCUUUUAUUUUCAUUAAUUUCUACAGAAAAGAUACUGGAUUUGUAUCGGAACUUCCAGUUGCCGAAGAUCCACAUCAGGUGGCCGAAGAAACAGCUCAUUUAGCUCCGCAUGGUGUACCUAGCAAUCCCUUGCCAAGAGGUUUAUCGAGCAACAAAUUACAAGAUCUGGCAACUGAAAAUCAUGGUUACGGCGCCACACAUACGUCCGGUGGAAAUUUGAAUAUACCGCAAGGCGCAACGAAUCCAUUUAGACAAAAUAACGGCUACCAGCAACCAAUCAAUCAUGGCACAUUGUAUACGGAUGAAUGUAUACAGAAACAAUAUACGAUGUGCAAUGAUUUACAAAAACACACGAUAAGUUCAGAAAUAAUAAGCCCAGAACCAAUGAAAAGAAAUUCGCCAUUAUACCAAUGGUAACGGUGAUUCAGAUGUACGUGACUUUUCUUCAUUUGUUCUUUUGGCAUAUACUGUCAGAGGAUUGUUUUUUCUUAAUAAUGUUAUUGACGUGAGGAGAAACGCGGCGUUGUUUUUUCCUGUUUUUAGUACCUUACCUAAACAAGUUCGUUAUUUUAUAACUAUUGAGA